GGCACCCUGUGGAAUUUGGGGUGGCCAAAUCCAACGCCCUGAUGGAUGCGGGGCAGCCGAAAUCAUCACCCGACAUCCUGAUGGCCAAAGCCGUGCUGACCCACGGCAUCCUGGGUGGUGAAACUCAACCUUUUAGGCCGUCGUCCAAAGCUGAACUUUGUCAUUUUGGGUGGCCAAACCCAACGCCCAGUGCUGAAUUUUGCCAUUCUGCUUGGCCAAAGCCAUGGUUCAAAGCCGAAUCUCACCGUUUCGGUUGGCCAAACUCAAGGCCCAACGCCAGACGUCGCCAUUUUGGGUGGCCAAACUCAAGGCCCAAUGCUGAACCUCGGCAUUUUGGGGUGGCCAAACCCAAAAGCCAACGUCAACACGGACGCCAUCAUAACCAAACUCAUCGUCCAAAGUCAAACCUCACUGUUCCAGUUGGCCAAACCCGAUGCUGCCCAACGCCGAGCGUCGCCAUUUUGGGUGGCCAAACUCAUUGUCCAAAGUUGAGGUUUGCCGUUCUGAUUGGCCAACCUCAACAUCCAAAGUCAAAUCUCACCGUUCUGAUUGGCCAACCUCAACAUCCAAAGUCAAAUCUCACCGUUCUGAUUGGCCAAACCCAUCAUCCAAAGUCAAAUCUCACCGUUCUGAUUGGCCAAACUCAACAUCCAAAGUCAAAUCUCACCGUUCUGAUUGGCCGAACCCAUUGUCCAAAGUCAAAUCUCACCAUUCCGGUUGGCCAAAACCAGCACCCAACGCCGAGCGUCGCCAUUUUGGGUGGUCAAACCCAUCAUCCAAAGUCAAAUCUCACCGUUCUGGUUGGCCAAACCCAUCGUCCAAAGUCAAAUCUCACCAUUCCGGUUGGCCAAACCCAACGCCCAACGCCGAACGUCGCCAUUUUGGGUGGCCAAACUCUCUGUCCAAACUUGAAGCUUGCCAUUCCGGUUGGCCAAACCCAACGCCGAACGUCGCCAUUUUGGGUGGCCAAACCCAACGCCGAACGCCGCCAUCUUGGGUGGCCAAACCCAACGCCGAAUGUCGCCAUUUUGGGUGGCCAAACCCAACGCCGAACGUCGCCAUUUUGGGUGGCCAAACCCAACGCCGAACGCCGCCAUUUUGGGUGGCCAAACCCAACGCCGAACGUCGCCAUCUUGGGGCGAUGAAACUCAACGCCUGCCAACGACCCGAGGGGAUUUUUUUUACGGUCCAACAACCCCACCUUAAAAGACAGAACCUCAGCAUUGGCAGCAGCGUCCAAAACACGACCGCGGGCGCCCGGGGCUCGGCGUCACCCCCUCAUCCGGCGCCCGGAGCCGCGCUCAGCGCAUCGGCACGUUGAUUUCGGCGCCGCUGGCUUCCUGCACGUUUUCGGCCGUGGUUUUUCCGUGCUGCUCCUUCAGGUGCCUGCGGAUGGCGGGUUUGUGAGCGAAGCGCACGUCGCAGUAGGAGCAGCGGUACGGCCUCUCCCCGCUGUGCAGGUUCAUGUGGUCGUGCAGGGUGGAUUUUUGGGUGAAGCUCUUCCCGCAGACGCCGCAGCCGUGCGAUUUGACGCCGCGGUGGACGUUCAUGUGCCGGUUCAGGUUGCUGCUGUGGUUGAACUGCUUGCCGCAGCGCGGGCACAUGAAGACAAAGUGUUGGGCUCUCAUAUGGAACACCAAUUUCUCCACCCCUUGGAAGCCUUCCCCGCACUUCCCGCAGCGAGCCGGGGCGCAGGACGCCGACGACGCCGGCGCCGGGACGGCAACCGACCACGAGGACGGCCCCGGCGUGGCGCCGCCAUCAUCCCCGCCUCCUCCUCCUCCUCCUCCUCCUCCCGGCCCGGGGAAGAUGAGCACCCCUUCUCCUUCGGCAUCUUCUGCCAGGCUGUACCUGGCUUUCACCACGCCGAGCGGAGGCAACCGCGGCGCUUCCUCCACCGCCACCGCCGUCCCCGCCGUCACCACCGCCAUCGUCGCCUCCCGACGCCGGCGCCGCGCCGAGCCCGGCUCCACUUUCACAAUGCAGACGUCGGGCGCCGCUUCUUCCUCCUCUUCUUCGUCUUCGUCGUCCUCCUCUUGCUUGGGGGCCGGCGGGGGCUCCGGGGGGGGUUGGAUGAAUCGCGCCAGAGCCCCUCGGCAGCGCUCCACCACGUGCUCCAUCUGCAGGUAGCUGGCGGCCGUCAGGUAAUUGACCAGAUCUCGCCCGGCGAACUCCAAGGCUCCGGUGUAACACGAGAGGAGCAGGUCGGCCAAAACGCGGGCGCUGUGAGCCAAGGAGACGCGCAGCUCGGCCGCCGGGUUGAGCAGGAAUUGAUCGCGGAGGAAAGGAGAGCAGGCGGCCAGGAUGACGCGGUGGCCGCGGAAGCGGAGGCUGCGGGCCACGAUGGUGACGUCGCAGAAACGCUCCUCGGCACGCAGGCGGGUCAUGCUGCGAAGGGCUGCAGCCUCGUGGCCUGGCAGCUGGAAACGAAGGACCU